GGCAGCAUCGUGUAUCAGUCUGCAUACCCGACUCUCUUUUCUCCCUUGCACUCUCUCUCUCUCUCUCUCUGUCUCUUGCUCUCUCCUCCACUUGCUCUCUCAGUCUCUCCAAAAUCUCUGCCUCUCUCUCUCUCUCUCUCUCUUUUGCUCUCUCUUCCCUUGCUCCUUGUGGCUUGUGCUGGCCCCACUGUUUGACAGGGAAAAAAGGCUGUGUAAUUUUACUCUCUGCUCUUUUGUCCGAGAAGGCAGUGCCUCCAACUGCUCAGACCAGGCUCACGUACUGUACCCCUAUAGCUUUCUACACUGCUCGGCUCCUUUGCCUAUAGCUCUCCCAUCUCCUUAGCCUUUUCCUCUCCUCCGCGACUCGUCAGCCCAACUCAAUUCAGCCAAAAUGGAGGCCAUCAAGAAGAAGAUGCAGAUGCUGAAGCUGGACAAGGAGAAUGCCAUCGACCGCGCCGAGCAGGCAGAGACCGAGCAGAAGGCAGCUGAGGACAAGUGCAAGCAGCUGGAGGAGGAGCUGGUGGGGCUGCAGAAGAAGCUGAAGGGGACGGAGGACGAGCUGGACAAGUUCUCCGAGUCUCUGAAAGAUGCCCAGGAGAAGCUGGAACUAUCUGAGAAGAAAGCCACGGACGCCGAAGGGGACGUGGCAGCACUGAACCGGCGUAUCCAACUGGUGGAGGAGGAGUUGGACAGGGCCCAGGAGAGACUGGCCACAGCACUGCAGAAGCUGGAGGAGGCCGAGAAGGCAGCCGACGAGAGCGAGAGGGGCAUGAAGGUGAUCGAGAACCGGGCCAUGAAGGACGAGGAGAAGAUGGAGAUCCAGGAGAUGCAACUGAAGGAGGCCAAGCACAUCGCCGAGGAGGCCGACCGCAAAUAUGAGGAGGUGGCCCGCAAGCUGGUGAUCCUUGAGGGCGAGCUGGAGAGAGCCGAGGAGAGGGCAGAGAUCUCGGAGCUUAAAUGCGGUGAUAUGGAGGAGGAACUGAAAAAUGUUACUAACAACCUGAAGUCUUUAGAAGCACAGUCUGACAAGUAUUCUGAGAAGGAGGACAAAUAUGAAGAGGAAAUUAAAAUGCUCACUGACAAGCUGAAAGAGGCAGAGACACGGGCAGAGUUUGCAGAGAGAACAGUGGCCAAGCUGGAGAAGACCAUUGAUGAUCUAGAGGAAAACCUAACUACUGCCAAAGAUGAGAACCUGGAGAUGCAUCAUGUGCUGGACCAGACGCUACAGGAGCUGAACAGCUUGUAAACCCCAGGGGAGAUGAGGAGGACCAAUCACCAACAUUCCACAGUUUCAGCGUAGAGCUCUCCGUGUUUUGAAGCUGGGGCAUCCUUCAAAUGAGUUCCCCCCAUUUCCCGUUGCUUGUGGCCUCGUGAUGCAAGGCGCGAGGUGACGGUUGAUUGAAGCAGGGCUUUGAACCAGACAUUUUAUGCAAUUGGUUCAUUCUGAACAGAAACUGAAUUCUAACGUUUUCGGUUCUGUGUGUACCACCAUUAAAUAGACGUUCCCAAACCCAAAAAAUACUUUCUUGCAACAGUUAAUUUCGCUGCCUGUCAGCUGUUUAAUAAAUGGAUAAAAAAUAAAUAACAUUUAAAUAAAUUAUGUCUCAUCCUGCAUAAACUAAAUAUAAUACUUUUACAACCUUCAUUAAAUGAGACGGUAAUAAUUCAAAGCAAUUAUUAUUUUAAGUGUGGCUUUGCCACUCAGUGGGCAACAACAAAAUCCCACAAGUUUGAGGAACAAAAUAAAAAUCUUGGUUACCAGUAUUUACUGGUUACCAUUAUUUUCACAAGUGUAUAGGCUAAUAAUUAGGUUUCUGGUUCUGUUCCUGUUCCGGGCAAAAUUCAAUGCCGGUUAAUUGAAGUAUAAUUGAAGUAUUAUUCAAUACCUCACAUAAGCACAAUUUGAAGGUCAUUAUCUCAUUUCCAAUCCGGAAAUGCAAGAGGCCACAAGCCACAAGUAAGGAUGGGAGAAACUAGUUUGAAAGGCGGCCCUAGUCUUGCUCACAAUGUUCUCCAAGGUUUUUUUUGUCAAGAACAUUCCAAAUUGCCCAGCCUCUUGCGCUAUCACUAUUCCAUGUCUGUGCACAUUCCUUUUAACCACUUUGUAAUUGGUUGUAUUUUUUGUUGUUGUUUUGUUUAAAGAAUUUUCUAUGCAUUUCUAUGUAGUCCAUGCAUUUUGUCAACAUUUCACCUUAACAAAUGAGACAUUCCAGUGUUUUGAGCUGAACCAUCUGUUUAAAAAGACAGUGCUAUUUAUUUUAGUCAGACUAAAAAAUAACAAGGCAUACCUCUAGAAGGUCUGUGUUCUGACCUACACUAACUGUUGAGGUAGAGCACCCCCUCUCUGUUGCAUUCGUAAGUAUUUUUGUAUGUCUGAAGACAGAAAUGAGCCUUUUUUCAAAUGUGACAAUCUUCCAUCAAUGAAACAAAUAGUAUUACACAAGACUGUAGGUGAUAGCCUAUAACUCAACGGUGCUAAGAUUUCCCUGAAAUGUAUAUAAAAUAGGUAGUGGUUGUUAAACAUACAAAACCAAAGACAUUGAUACUUUACUUUUUUUGGCAAUUUCUUUCCCCUGCAUCCAUACUUAUUUCUUUUAUUUUAUAAAGACACCCUUCCCUUUGACCCACAUGUCUAUCUUUAAUUUGUUUUGUAUCUCUGGAGAAGUUGUA